GCCAUCACUUCCGGUUACCAUCUUCGUUUGUCUGAGCAAUUUGGGAAACGGAUUUCAAACGUUAUUCCGCGAAACACGAUUUAUUUUUGCUCCAGUUGAACAGAAGACUCUUUCAGGAGCCUGGAAAUGCCUUCAAAACAGCGCACAGUUACAACUGAAAAGGCAGGGAACCAUGAAACAAGCCAAUGAACAGAUGGUCGAGGUUAGAGAGUGUCAUCACAUCGGAGAGAGGAUUAGAGGAGAGAGGUUGUCUUCCAGGAGCUGUGUGGUCCCCCUUACUCUUGAACCCAACACCAGGACACAAACCCCUCUAUGAGCAAAGGGAGACCCGGUGAAGAAACACAAGGAGAAAAGCAGGAGGAAUCCUAGCCUUGCCUCUCACUCGGCCAGCACUCUGCUCUCCUGCCUUCCAGUCGACCACGGCUGCGAGAGCCACACGGGUGUGAGUGAGUGGCCUGGCUGGACCUCUUCCAUCCCUCCCCUCAUCUCUCCAUUAAUUCUCCCAUCUACCCAACCCAUCUCCUGCCGUCUUGGGCACCAUGCUGAUGCUGUGGCUGGCCUGGUUGGCCCUGUUGUCUCCGGACUGGGCUCCGGGCAGCAUGGCCUUCACCACUACCAGGGCUCAAGGCCUCAGGGGUCGCAUCCAGAGAGACCGCAGAAACAUCCGGCCCAACAUCAUCCUCAUCAUGACUGACGACCAGGAUGUGGAGUUGGGUUCUCUACAGGUCAUGAAUAAAACCCGUAAGAUCAUGGAAGACGGAGGCACUAGUUUCACCAAUGCCUUUGUCACCACACCCAUGUGCUGCCCGUCACGUUCCUCCAUGUUGACGGGCAAGUACGUCCACAACCACAAUACCUACACCAACAAUGAGAACUGCUCCUCCCCUUCCUGGCAAGCUCAGCACGAGCCACGCUCAUUCGCUGUCUACCUCAACAACACCGGCUACAGAACAGGCUUCUUCGGCAAGUACCUCAAUGAGUACAAUGGCAGCUAUAUCCCACCUGGGUGGCGUGAAUGGGUUGGAUUGAUCAAAAAUUCCCGCUUCUAUAAUUACACUGUCUGUCGGAACGGUUACAAGGAGAAACAUGGCGCAGAAUAUGCCAAGGACUAUUUCACAGAUCUGAUCACCAAUGACAGCAUCAGCUUUUUCCGCAUGUCCAAGAAGGUAUACCCUCAUCGUCCUGUGAUGAUGGUCAUCAGCCAUGCUGCCCCUCAUGGCCCAGAAGACUCAGCUCCACAGUAUGCCGAGCACUUCCCCAAUGCUUCGCAGCACAUCACCCCCAGCUACAACUAUGCCCCAAAUAUGGACAAACACUGGAUCAUGCAGUACACGGGCCCAAUGAGACCCAUCCACAUGGAAUUCACCAACUUCCUCCACCGGAAAAGGCUGCAGACACUCAUGUCUGUUGAUGACUCAGUGCAGAAGGUUUAUGAUAUGCUAGAGGAAACUGGAGAGCUGGACAACACGUACAUCAUCUAUACAGCAGACCAUGGCUACCACAUUGGUCAGUUUGGGUUGGUCAAGGGCAAGUCAAUGCCUUAUGACUUUGACAUCCGUGUGCCAUUUUUCCUGAGAGGACCCAACGUGGAGCCAGGAGCAGUAAACCCUCAUCUGGUGCUGAACAUUGACCUAGCUCCCACGAUUCUUCACAUUGCUGGGUUGGACACCCCUCCAGACAUGGAUGGAAAGUCCAUCCUUAAGCUGCUGGAACAGGACAGGACUGGCAAUAGAUUCAAACCCAACCGGAAACCCAAAGUCUGGAGGGACACAUUCCUGGUGGAGCGAGGAAAGAUCCUGAGGAAGAAGGAUGACUCAGUGAACACACAGCACACCAAUAGCCUGCCCAAGUACAAGAAGGUCAAAGAGACUUGCCAGCAGGCUGAAUUCCAGACACCCUGUGAACAGCCUGGACAGAAAUGGCACUGCGUGGAGGAGAUCACAGGAAAGUGGAGGAUACAGAAGUGUAAAGGUGGCUCAAAAGAGGGCUCCAGGAAGAGGGCCCGCAGCCUGAAGCCCCGCAGCAGUUAUGACAACCGAGAGAGGGGCUGUGACUGUGGGGACAGUCUCUACAAAGCCACCAGGACGGAGCGCCGCUCCCACCGACAGUUCUCUGCUUCAUCUGGCCAGCGUUUUCGUCCACGUUUUGUCCACACGCGACCUACCAGGUCUCUUUCUGUUGAGUUUGAAGGUCAGAUAUACGACAUUGACCUGCAAGCAGACGAUCAGUCAGCUGUCCGCCGCCGUGUCAUCUCAAAGCGUCACCACAACUCAGAGGACCCAGAGUUCGACUUGGGGUCAGAUGACGGAUCAGAGGAAAUGCUAGCAGAUGAUACCAACGCUGUAGGAUACCCCAACUCUCUAAAAGUUACCCACAAGUGUUAUAUCUUGAUGAAUGACUCUGUUCAUUGUGAAAGAGAAAUCUACCAGUCCUCAAGGGCCUGGAAAGACCAUAAGAGCUAUGUGGACCAAGAGAUUGAAGCACUUCAAGACAAAAUCAAAAACCUCCGGGAAGUAAGGGGCCAUCUGAAGAGGACACGACCAGAUGAGUGUGACUGUGGAAAGAGGGGCACCAGCUAUUUUAACAAAGGAGACAGAAACAAGGCAGAGAGACUGAAGAACAGGAACGAUCAACUCCAUCCGUUUAAGGAGGCUGCGCAGGAAAUAGACGGGAAGGCCCAGUUGUACAACGAGAUUCGCAGAAGGAAGAAGGAAAGGAAGGAGAAGAAACGGCAGAGGAAGGGAGACGACUGCAGUCUGCCGGGCCUCACUUGCUUCACACAUAACAAUGACCACUGGCAGACCGCUCCUUUCUGGUCUUUGGGUGGAUUCUGUGCGUGCACCAGCUCCAACAACAACACCUACUGGUGUCUGAGGACCAUCAAUGAGACCCACAACACACUCUUCUGCGAGUUUUCCACCGGCUUCCUGGAGUACUUUGACCUCAACAGUGACCCCUACCAGCUGACCAACGCGGUGUAUGCAGUGGAUCGGGACGUACUGAACAGUCUCCACGCACAGCUGAUGGAGAUGAGAAGCUGUCAAGGGUACAAGCAGUGUAACCCUCGCCCCAAAGGCUUGGAUACAGCACACAGCCAGUAUGGGACGGACGACAGGGUUAAGCUUCCUAACUUGACAGACGAGGAGGUGAACUGGCAGGGACUGGAGGAUCUUUAUAGCAUAAACGAAAGCCUUUAUGAAUGUAGGCCUGACUACAGCCCCAGCCCAGACAACUGGGCCAACUUCCAGAAGGAUGUAGAUAAUAUGUUUGCACUGCGACACGUUUUUAACAAAUUUAAUCAAACCCAUAAGCUUGACGACUCCACCCUGCCAGAGCUGGGCUCCGGGGCCGGGGGUGGAGGCCUUGAAGAGGGCAGCGGAGAAGAGUUGGGCUCAACCAGGGACGUCUGGCCAGGCCCGGUAACGGAGGCUCGCCUCACCACCCCCGCCCCCAGCAAAGCGCCAUCAGCACCACCCACACCCAGGCCCACACUGGAGAGGAAACUGGAAUCUGUUGUCAACGACCUUCCUGAGAGGGUUAUAGACAGACCUGGGGCGUCUGCUAUGUCAGCAUCACCGGUGACGGUACUGUCACCAGGUCCUAGGAGAGACGGGGCUAUCUUCCAGAGUGACACGAUGUGGGUGCAGCAGCUGGAGGAGAUGGAUGGAGAGGUCUUUAGCGGGAAUGGAAUGACAGAGCUUGGGACCCAACAUGACAACCUGCUGCGUACUCACAACAGCCUUCAGGCCCAGCUGGAGCCAGGCCACGGAGAGGCUGUUGCCCCUCAGCAGAACCUGGGUCUUGGUCUGGACCCCGAAGAAGAGGAGGACAUUUUCCAGGCCCAAGGCUUCCUCCCGUUCUCCACACAGACACUGAGGCCCGAGGUGCAGGCCAGCACCACCGGGAGCCCUCCCACCACACAGACUAGCACCACCCCACAGAGUGUCGGGGUGGUACUGCAGGUGCUGCCUCAGUCAGUGCUGCCCCUCACCUUGGACUACGAGGGCAGCGGCUCACUGCCUCAACCCUCCAAUCAGACCCUCUGAGGCAGACGCAUGUGCUGGCCAGCCAGCCAAUGAGCUGCUAGUCGCCAUAGAGACACAGAGACACAGUGAUUGGGAGAUGAGCUUGCCAAGAGCAAUGGCGAGUGAUGCCGCCUCAGUCAGUCAGAGUUGUAUAAUGAGUAUUAAAGUUAUUGUUUAUUUUUUUACAGGUGCCUACAUUUAUUAGUAAACAGUGUUAUGUUUUUUGUUUUUUUUUUCAAAUAUAUAUUUAGAAAAAAAAAGCCUUAAUGCAGCUAAACUUAAGUGUUGGGAUUAAAAAUGAAUAAUUCCAUAUGGAUAACACCAUUGAUGUUUUUAAUAUAUGUUUUUAUGAAAAACAAGUGUGAGUGGUGAAACCAUUUCAACAUCUGAAUGGAUAGUUAGCAUUAGUCAGCUGUAGGUACGCUCCAGUCCUCAAACAAACCGAUCAGUCCCAAACCUGCCCAAUCACAGGACACAUCAUCAGAACAGUACCCACUCACCAGUUAGAUCAUGGCAAAAUUGACCCCAAAUGCACUUUUGAGCUUUUUCUACAUGACGCUCACACUCCGUGGUUUGUGGAUUUUGAAAAUUGUGUCCAUUGUGAAAUCAGAUUUUCUGUAAUGAUUAAUGACUACUUUUUAAAGAUGAACUGGGUUGUCACUUCUGAAAAAGUUACAGAAUCAACAUAGAUUCCACAUGUUUCACAAAUAACUCAAAAAAAAAAUUAUGUAUUCUUAGCAUUUGUUUUUAGCUCCUUGCCAAACGGCAAUAAUAGUUUCAGACACUUUAGACAAUCAUGGGACAGUUUAACAGUCCGUAGUUUAUAACUGAGAGCUUGACGUCAUCUGAAUUAUCCAGCUGCAGCCAGCACACCUAUCUGACACUUUUCACCAGGCAAGAAAAAAUGUCUAGAAUUGGUGUUUAUUUUUCUAGCAAGGACACUAUUUACUUAUUAGUUGCACCACUGCACCAGCUCUGACUUUGCAGAGUUGCACGUUCGUCACUAUUCACAGCAUUUUAUUUUAAAAGCUAAGUAAAAUUAUUCUUACUAAUCACAAGCAAAUGCUUACACAAUCACCAGGGGAUAGAAAAAUGUUCAUUGUGUAACUUUUUUGGGAAACGUCACCAAUUAAUCCUGUGCUGUAUGAUGUAGUGCUUUGAUAAUCCAGAGUAUAGUGUUGCACAUGGAAAUUGAAUUCCGAAUGUAACUGUAUAGUCCCUUAAAACGGGUUAUAUGACAGCACACUGUUCCACAGCUUUGUCUAUGGCAGUAUAGCCGGUAAAAUAUUCUUAAGGCAUUGCAUAUAUGUAUUCCAAGGCCAGUGAGGGCAAACUGUGCGAACAUUUCUGCCAGCAAUUAAUCUCUGAGUAAUCAAGAUGUGCAUUUUUGGUUCGAAACUGGUUCUGCAACAACCUGAUGCUGUCCUUUUCUUUCUUGACGGUGUGUGUAGAAGUGUUAGAACGACUCUGGUUUCAGGAAAACCAUGAAGCUGUUACGAAAUAAACCCUUUCAGCCUUCCUA